CCCUGUCUGAAGACCCUCCCAGUCAGCAAGAGUCUGAUUUAAUUAUCAUCUCCUAGUGUCUUUGGUAAAAUAAUUUAUGCCCCCUUGGGAAGCUAGAGUCUGUGGACUUGUAUAGGUAAGGGUUUGUCAAAGAAAAUGUCAUGUGACAGUUUGCCUUAGGUCCAGGUUCAGUCUUACCUAAAUGGAACUUGAGUAGAUGUGCUGGGUUUUUCUUUUUUUUACUCAGCAUUAAAUUGAUUUUAAUUACAGCAGUUUAUUACACAGUUAACUCACUUCACCUGGUUUCUUGGGUGUGAACUGGUUGCUGCUUGCAACGUGAAAUCAAAAACCAACAGACCCUGUUAUUUUUAAAGAUUUUUCAUACUUUUCCCACCCACUUGCGGGAGACCUUGAUUUUAUUUUCUGAGAUUUAAGUUGAUUUUUGUCAGAUUAAUAUGAUUUUUGGCUUUGUACAAAUAGGCUAAUGCCCACCACGUCCUUCAAGCAGAGGACAUUUCCUUUCAUCGAGUUAAAAUGAUAAUAUCGUAUAACCAGAUCAUAGAAAUAUCAUAAUGUGGAACAGUAGCCUGGAGAAUAGACAGAUAUGGAAAGCUCGAUAAUUUUUCAAUUAUUAAUUACACAGAGUAACUGCCAAACAGUGUGCUGUCUUGAACAAUAUAUAAUAGGCCUACUUGUUAUUGUUGAACGACUUUCCCUGAAGAAAGGUGCACUGUUAUUCUUUCCAAAAUAAAAUGACUCGUAGUAGACUUGUAGUUUUUCUGUGUUGUUAACGGUAUUUAGCAAUAGCUUUGUAGCGGUUGUAACUGUACUAACUGUAGACCACUGUUCGCGCGCUUAUUAGAGCUGCCAGUAAAGAAAGUCUGAAAUGUUUUCAAUUUUGAAACUUUCGUUGCUUCGACUCAUUUACACCCCGGAUCAAUCCGUUGUUUGGCAUACUUGUUUGAUUACGACCGAAAACUGAAGGCUUACCUCAAAAGACCGACGUACAUUAACAGUAGGAGGUGCCAGUUUGUCAGAGUUUUCAGUUAGAAGCGUGGAUUCCUUUUGACUGGGUUCUGCUGCUAUGGCGCUGUUUUCCUCUCUGACACCUGUGCUCGUGGCAGUUUUAUGCGUCGUUGUCGUCGCCCGUUUUUUCAAAAGUUUUCAGAAGAAACACAAGGAAACAGACACCGACGCCAAGUCCGCGGUGAAAUCCAGGCCGUGGGUAGACGAGGACCUCCAAGACGACACAGAAAUCAACACCAAAGAUGAAGCGGAAGGUGAAGACUGGGCGCCCAGCGAGGAGGACGUCCCCCACGUACCCUACGCCCCCCCGCGGUACCCCUCUGACGUCAUGCUGCAGCGCUCGCAGGAGUUUUACAAGCUGAUGAACGAGAGGAGGUCCGUCCGCUUCCUCAGCCCCGAACCGGUGCCCCGCGAGGUCAUCGACUACGUCGUGCGAACCGCAGGGACGGCCCCCAGUGGGGCUCAUACAGAGCCCUGGACCUUUGUGGUCGUGGCGGACGCCGAGGUCAAGCACCAGAUCCGUGAGAUUGUGGAGCAGGAGGAGGAGAUGAACUACAGGCAGAGGAUGGGAGACAAGUGGGUCAGUGACCUACAGAGGUUGAGGACAAACUGGAUUAAGGAGUACCUGGACAUCGCUCCCUACCUCAUCCUGGUGUUCAAGCAGACCUACGGGCUCAAGGGCAAUGGCAAAAAGAAGACACACUACUACAAUGAGAUCAGCGUGUCUAUAGCCUGCGGAAUCCUACUGGCUGCACUAAAGAACGUCGGCCUGGUGACGGUGACGUCGACGCCCCUGAACUGCGGCCCGCAGGUGAGGCUCCUCCUCCGCCGGCCGGCCAAUGAGAAGCUCCUGGUGCUCCUGCCCGUUGGGUUUCCCGCCAGCGACGCCACGGUGCCCAACCUGACCCGGAAGAACCUGGAUGACAUCAUGGUGUUCGUGUGACGCUGACCCCGGACGCGUGUGUGUGGCUGGUAAAAACAUGACCUCACGUAUCAUGACCUUGUGAUACAUCCAGCAGCUCGUGUACUAAGAAGAUAAGAGCGACUAUGUGUUGAUUCAAAGCUUAAAAGGAUGUAAACUGCUAAGCAGUUCAAGCAACUUUUAUUGUUCUUGCUUUCCACUCAAAUCAAGAUCCUCUCUGUAAGCCCAAUCAAAAUGUAUUACAUGUCUUAUUCUCUUAAACACAAAUUCAGUAAGUGCUGCUGAAAAUUGUAAUUAAAAAAAUUAAUAAAUAACGGGCGGUAUCUCCCCGUG